AAAAAAAAAAAAGAUUUCGCAGAAAAUCCUUCUACUCCAAAGUGCAGCCUCUCCAGCAAACUGGAAGAGCCGUAAGAACAAAUUGGAAAUGCCUCAAGCGUUGAUUUUCCUAAAACCAUUCAUAUCUCCGCCAUCAUCUUCCUCUCUUUUCAGUAAAUCGAGCGUUAAUGGGGAUUUUCUUGAUACGAACACGGUGAAGAUAUGCAAAAGAACAGAGGUAGUGUGCCAGGGCAUGUUGGCCCCGAGGAAGUUCAUGCAGAGGAGGAAGAAAGUGGAGGUGUUCAAGGAUGCUGAGGAUGAAGUAGACCAGAAGAACUGGAGGAAACUAAUGGGUGAAAUUGAGGAAUUGGGUUCUGCUGUGUCUGUGCUUAGAGGCCAUAGGGUCAAGAAUCAGGCACUUCCCAGGGACAUGGUUCUCGGGACCUUGGUUAGAUUCAAGCAGCUCAAGAAGUGGAAUCUCGUUGGUGAGAUUCUUGAAUGGCUUCGGACGCAACAUUGGUGGAACUUUAAUGAAAUGGACUUUCUAAUGCUUAUCACGGCUUAUGGGAAACAAGGGGACUUCAAUAAAGCCGAAAGGGUUUUAAGCUACAUGACUAAGAGGGGAUAUCCACAAAGUGUGAUAUCUCACACUGCUCUUAUUGAAGCGUAUGGAAGGGGAGGCCAAUACAGCAAAGCAGAAGCAAUAUUUCGAAGAAUGCAAUCUUCGGGUCCUGAACCUUCUGCGAUUACGUAUCAAAUAAUCCUCAAAACCUUUGUUGAGGGUGACAAGUACGAAGAAGCUGAAGAAGUGUUCGAAACUCUUUUAAACAUGGAGGCUCCUCCCCUAAAACCCGACCAGAAAAUGUUUCACAUGAUGAUCUACAUGUACAAGAAGGCACGAGACUAUAAGAAAGCUCAUAAGCUAUUUGCACUAAUGGCUGAGCGAGGGGUUCCUCAAAAUACAGUUACAUAUAAUAGCUUGAUGUCAUUUGGGACCGACUAUAAGGAGGUUGCAAAAAUCUAUGAUCAGAUGCAAAGAGCUGGUCUUCGGCCCGACGUUGUAAGCUAUGCCCUACUGAUUAAUGCAUAUGGAAAGGCUAGAAGAGAAGAAGAAGCAUUAUCGGUUUUCGAGGAAAUGCUCGAUGCUGGUGUUAGGCCAACACAGAAAGCUUACAACAUCUUACUAGAUGCAUUUGCAAUCUCGGGAAUGGUGGAACAAGCUCGGGUUGUCUUUAAAAGCAUGCGAAGGGACAGGUGUAGUCCUGAUCUUUGCUCCUACACGACUAUGCUAUCUGCAUAUGUAAAUGCUCCGGAUAUGGAAGGUGCCGAGAAAUUCUUUAGAAGAAUAAAACAAGACGGAUUUGAACCCAGUGUAGUGACAUACGGGACACUUAUCAAAGGAUAUGCAAAGGCGAACAAUCUCGAGAAAAUGAUGGAGAAAUACGAAGAAAUGCGGGUGUCUGGUAUCGAGGCCAACCAAACUAUCUUCACCACGAUCAUGGAUGCGUACGGUAGGAACAAGGAUUUCGGGAGCGCUGUUGCUUGGUUCAACGAGAUGGUGUCUUGUGGCGUUCCCCCCGACCAGAAAGCAAACAACAUUCUCUUGUCUCUCGCGAAAACAACAGAAGAGCAGACAAAAGCUAACGAGCUCGUGGGAAACAUAAACGGGACAAAGGUAGUCAAAGGUUUCCCCGGCUUCACUGACAACGAUGAUGACAAUGAAGAAGACGGAGAAGUAACUGACGACGGUUAUAGCAACUACAAUGAUGACAGGUCAGAUGAGCUUGUUACUGUGUAGUGAGCAUCAAAACAUGAGGUUGUGGUAUUAUAUUGUAAAUUUGGCAUUCAUUUUGGUUGUGAAAAUGAAAUUUUUCGAAUGCUAAUUGUCAAGUGAUCAUAUAUUCUAUGUCAAACAGUUGAGAAUC